GAGCCGAGCGAGCAGGAAAUGGCGGACGAGGCGCUGUUCCUCCUUCUCCACAACGAGCUGGUGACCGGCGUCUACAAGGCCGCGGACCAGGCCGAGCUGGAAAAUGGACGAUGCAUUACUAAGCUAGAAAACAUGGGGUUUCGAGUGGGACAAGGACUAAUAGAAAGGUUUACAAAGGACACUGCCAGGUUUAAGGAUGAGUUAGAUAUCAUGAAGUUCAUUUGUAAAGAUUUUUGGACUACAGUAUUCAAAAAACAAAUUGAUAAUCUGAGGACAAAUCACCAGGGCAUCUAUGUACUUCAGGACAACAAAUUUCGUCUCCUGACUCAGAUGUCUGCAGGGAAACAGUAUUUAGAACACGCGCCAAAGUAUUUAGCCUUCACGUGUGGCUUAAUCAGAGGUGGUUUAUCUAAUUUGGGGAUAAAGAGCAUUGUGACAGCUGAAGUGUCAGCCAUGCCUGCAUGUAAAUUCCAGGUGAUGAUUCAGAAGACGUAAAGCACGCUGACAUGCAAGACUUCUACAGUGUAAAAGAUAAAUUAUUCGUGUAUAAAGCAUUUAGGGUAGCAGCGGUAUUUGCUUUAACCGUAUUAUUGUCUGUUUAUAUUAAUGCAUGUUUAAAUUUAGGAUAGUGAAUGAUUUUCAAAUGGCACCAUUCUGAUAAAUCUAGCCGCUGACCGAGGAGAAAACGAAAAAGGGAAACCUUAGAAAGACACUACAUCCUAGGUGGGAGGUAGAACUCCUCCAUUAGGGAAUGUCAAGAAAACAGUCCUAAAUUGAUGGGACCCACCUCCAAAGCUUAAACACGCCUUUGCCUCAUUUAGAUGCCUUUUAAAUGGUUUCCGCUUCAGUCCGGCUGAAUUGAAGGAGAAAAUGCACGUGCAGUUCAAGUUGUUAGCUGCAUUCGGACUAACAGAAGGCUAGAAGUUGGCAUUUUGAUGAGUGCACCGGUUGAGUCCUUUAUCCACCCCCAGGUGGAUAAUGACAAGCGUAAAGUGCCCCCCAGGACCGGUUUCUGCUUGGGCUGUAGGUUUUGUGUGAUGCAGAAUAGGCACAGUGCUUUGUUCUCUUCCCCCCACUCGUCCUCCGCCCUGUGAUUUAGAUGGCUGGCGCUGGGCCCAGAUUCUUAGAGAAUGAAUCCCUCUAAAUACCUGAAGUUAAGCCCCCCCAUGUGAAUACCCUCUCGCCUCUGAUGUGGGCUCCUUGCAGUGUUUCCUCUGGCUAAAAGGCUGCUGUUGUAGCAACUUCUCCCAAACUAGGUGACUCCCUGUAGGCCUCUGUUGUUGUUAACUCGAUUUUUGGACUGGUAUGUCCCUCCCCUCCUCCCUGCCCACCAAUCCCUCAACAUAGCAGGGGGGGAAAACAACAUUUUUACUGUAUGAGUUGCCCCAAUGUAACAUUUGUUUUUGAUAAGGAGUUUGAAGUAUGAGUUACUGUACACUUUUUAAAAGGCCAACAAGUUGAAUAGGAAUUCACAUUGUAAACUGUGCUGGAAUUAUGUUUGUAUUAAAGAAUUUAGUUUUCAUAUUUCAUGUCUGAAAAACGUUCUCUCCCACAGUUAACAUUGAACAAAUCCCAGUCUAGUGCCUCGUGA